GAAAAACACUUCGAAACACACGACUACCUGGGACAACGGGAGAGGCUUCGUGGCGAGGCAGAUCUGCCACCUGUGCUGCGAGAAAGCACCGGCUUGCUCAUAUAUAUCGUCAGGAUGUCUCACUUUCUGCUGGAGCAGCUGCGCCAGGCGCAUGAGGACGUCGAGGUGCGCAAGACAUGAUGACAACACACAGACAGACAGACAGACAGACAGACAGAGGUGUGCAACGUGCUGCAUCAGUCAAUUCACUGUGUUUGUUGUCCGCCUCCCUCGUGCCGCCUGCAGACGAUAGAGAAGGCCGUGGCGAAGCUGCUGGCCGAGAAGGCCAAGCACCCCAAGCACGCCGUCAAGUACGAGCACGCCAUCCGCAACCUCCUCGACUCGCUCCGGGGCAAGAGCCAGACCGCCCUCGACAUCUACGCCGACAAAGACGGGCUGCGCAGGGACGAGAUUCAGAUGCUCGGCGGCACCCGCCCGGCCACACAGGACGGCAUCCCCGAUGUGUUUGUCAACUUCGACCAGCAGGUGCAGGUCAUCAAGGACUACCACCGGAAGUUCGCCCAGCAGAAUGUGCUGCCCGAGAUCAGGGACGACGCUUUCUUCCUCAACCAGGCGGUCGCCCAGGCGCAGGACAAGCUGGAGGCCAUCUUUUCUGGCGACGAGAAGACGGGCAAGAGGGUGGACCUGCACCCUUACUACGUCAUGUACGUCAACCUCAAGAAGCUCAAGGCGCACAGGGUGUCUGAGCACAGGAAAGAGGCGCGGGUCCGCCUGGAGAAGAAGAAGAGGGCCCAUGCUGCUGAGGCCGGUGAGGGUGAGCAGGAGGCGCAUGUGGACGACAGCGAGCUGCCUGAGUUCCAAGAGAUCGACUACAUCCAGUACCUGCAGACGUUCGACCGGUUCGCACACGCGCGCAGACACACACAGAGAGAAAAAGAGCGUCCCCCUCCCUCCUCAGCACACACACACACACACACACACACAUAUAUAUAUAUAUAUAUUCCUCUCUGCUGGGCUGAAUGUCAUAAUUCGGUCAGGUUUCACGAGAUCCCCCGGCACUGCAAGUACCGUGACGCCCAGUACGAGCAGUAUCUGCGGGAGCUCAUCGGCUACCUCCGCACCUUCUUCGAGAAACAAAACCCCAUCGUCGACAUGCAAAAGGUCUCACACACACGCACACACAACCGACACACACACAUAUGAAUGCGCUCAUGCCCUCCUCCCUCCCUCCCUGCGUGUGUUAAUGUUGGCGUCUGUGUGUCAGAUUGACCGUCAGUUUGCGUCGGACUUCGACGCUAGGUGGUGGAGCCGGCUGGUGCCCGGCUGGGAGCAGAGCACCUUCGACGACCCCCUCUACGCCAUACCCUCCGACUACCUCUUCGCCAGCGAGGCCACCAAGGCCUCACACGAGAAGGUAAGGUACCCAGCGGGACGGCCGCUGACUGACCACACGGAGAGGGCAACGCAACGCUCCUUCCCAUCUAUGUGUCUGUCUGUCUGUCUGUCUGUUGGGUCAUACUAGGGCAAGAAGUACCGUAAGAAUGCUGAGGUGUUCGCGCGCAAGACGGUGGAUGAGCGGAGGGCCCUCGAGGAUGCCUCCCGUGACCACGACAAGACGCUGGCCGAGCUCGAGGUGACGGUGCAGCGCUUCCAGGAGCUCCUCGGCGACACUAUACAGGUGGGCAGCCUAUGUGUGUGUGGGGAUGGAUGGAUGGAUGGAUGGAGGGGCGGAGAAUGGGCGCAGGAAAAGUGUGUGUGUGUGUGUGUGUGUAUUGUCCUCUCGUUCUUGGUAUGUGCGUGUCAGGCGACGAUUCAGUACAUUCAGAAGAAGCAGUCGCGCACCGCCGAGGAGCUCGACGAGGAGGAAGAAGAGGAAGAAGGUACACACACGAUUGAUGCCAUAGAUACCAACCACAUCAAUCACACUGACCACACUGAUGUUUGUGUGUGCGGAUGGAUGGCUGGAUGGAUGUGUUGUCUGUCUGUCUGUCUGUCAGAGGAGGUGCCCGAGAUAGAGGAGGAGGAAGAGGAGGGCUCAGACGCAGAGAAACCCAUCUACAACCCUCUCAACCUACCACUCGGUAAGUAACUUACCUCCACACACCUAAACCGUCCCCACCACAGCCCCAACAUACACACCCCGCCCCGCCACGUAUCUCUGUGUCCACCACUAAACAAAUAGGUUGGGACGGUAAGCCGAUCCCUUAUUGGCUUUACAAGCUGCACGGCCUGGGCAUCGAGUACAAGUGUGAGAUCUGCGGCAACUACUCCUACUGGGGCCGCCGGGCCUUCGAGCGCCACUUCCAGGAGUGGCGCCACGCCUUCGGCAUGCGCUGCCUCAAGAUACCCAACACCAGCCACUUCAAGGAGAUCACACGCAUCGAGGACGCUCUCACCCUGUAUGAGAAACUCAAAAAGGAGGCCGAGGUCAAGGUGAGUGAGAAGAGCAUCGAGGGGGGUGGGUGGCGGGUUGGGUUAAUGCAUUGGAUUGGAUCUAAGUGAUCUGUGCGUGUGUGUGUGUGUGUUCAGGCGUUUCGUCAGGACAACGAGAUGGAGAUGGAGGACGACCAGGGGAACGUCAUGAGCGUCAAGGCCUACCAAGAUCUCUCCAGGCAGGGACUCCUGUAGCCUUAAGUACUGACUGACUGAGGAAGGGAGGGUGCUUCCCACCCUGACUGCCAUGGCCAUGCCCUCACUCAUAGAUGCGAUGGUGCAGUGAGACUCUUAAUUGCAUAAAUGCGAUUGAUCAAUCCUUCAGUGAGGGC